AUGAACAACGAAAAGAAUUUGGACGUGAUCAACAUCGACUCUGGUACCUUUUCUGGAGAAAGAUCAUAUGAAGACGACGAAGGCAGAACUCCGACUUUGGACGAAUUAAAUAAUUUACGCCAUGUUGCCGCAAAAAUCCCCAUUAGUUGUUAUCUUGUGGGUGUGGUGGAGUUGGCAGGAACUUUUUCGUCCUUUGGUUUGAGUGCACCUUUCCAAAACUACAUGCAAAAUGGUCCUAGUGGAACUCCUCCUGGAGCUUUAAACUUAAAAAAUCAAGGAGCCACUGCGUUGUCAUAUUUUUUCCAAUUUUGGUGCUAUGUCACUCCGAUUUUUGGAGCCUGGGUUGCUGAUACUUUUUGGGGCAAGUACAAGACCAUUGUGGUUUUCUGUCUUAUUUAUAUGGCUGGAAUCCUCAUUUUGUUCAUCACGUCUAUUCCCGCUAUUACCAGCUACAACACAGCUUUGGGAGGGUAUAUAGUUGCAAUUGUCAUCAUUGGAAUUGGAACUGGUGGAAUCUCGUCAAAUGUGUCACCUUUGAUUGCAGAUCAGGUUCCAAAAACCCAGCCAGUUAUCAAAGUUUUGAAGUCUGGAGAAAGAGUGGUGCAGGACCCAGCAAUCACCAUACAAAAUGUGUUCAUGUUUUUCUAUCUCAUGAUUAAUAUUGGUUCUUUGUCUAUUAUUGCAACCACUGAAUUAGAGGCCCGUGUGGGGUUCUGGGCAGCUUUCCUUUUACCUUUCUGUUUCUUCUUCAUUGCUAUCGCAGCAUUGAUUCUUGGUAGGAAUUCUUAUACCAUAGUUCCAGUUUCUAAUAAGGUUAUUGCCAAGUCUUUUCAAUGUACUUGGAUAGCUUUAAGGAGUCGGUUCACAUUUGAAGCUGCCAAACCGUCGAAAAAUCCUGAAAAAGAGUUUCCGUGGACUGACCAUUUUGUUGAAGAAGUGAAAAGAGCCGUGUAUGCUUGUAAGGUUUUCUUGUACUACCCCAUCUACUGGGUGGUUUAUGGACAAAUGCUCAACAACUUUGUAUCCCAAGCAGGCCAAAUGGAGCUCCAUGGGUUGCCCAACGAUUUUCUUCAGGUUAUCGACUCGAUUACUAUCAUUGUCUUUAUUCCCAUCUGUGAGCAUUUUGUAUAUCCAUUCGUUAGAAAGUUCACUCCUUUAAAGUCCAUCACAAAAAUCACUUUGGGCUUCAUGUUUGGUACCGCUGCAAUGGUAUAUGCUGGGGUAUUGCAACAUUACAUCUACAAAGCCGGACCUUGUUACGACGAACCUUUGACUUGCAAGGGAUUUGAAGGUGUUCCAAAUCGUAUCCAUAUUGCCCUUCAAGUUCCCGCUUAUGUCUUGAUUGCGUUGUCGGAGAUUUUUGCCUCCAUUACAGGCUUGGAGUACGCUUAUACAAAGGCGCCUGUUAGUAUGAAGUCGUUUAUCAUGUCGUUGUUCUUGCUAACCAACGCUGGAGGUUCAGCCCUUGGAAUAGCUUUAUCUUCCACAUCUGAAAACCCCAAGUUUGUGUGGUCGUACACCGGCUUGGCAGUAUCGUGCUUCGUAGCUGGGUGCCUUUUUUGGGUUUGUUACAAGCACUAUAAUCAGCGGGAAGAAGAAUGGAACCAGUUGGAGUAUAAGGAAGUGGAACUUGAGCCUGUGGAGUCCCAGCCGAUCAAGAGUUUGGCAUAA